ACUGCUGAGUGUCGUUUACUGUUAACUUUCGACGUUCAAUUAAUGAGAAAAGUGAAAAUUGACCAGUAAAGUUCAACGAUCAAUUUGGGAGUAAUUAAUUUUGACAGUGGCGUUGCAAAGUUGGUUUCUAUUUGGGUUUCUUCAAGAGUAUAAUGUCAGUUACAACAAAGGAAUCAAGCGCGGAGACAGCACCUACGAUCGCUCUAAACGAUGGGUACAACAUUCCUUUAUUAGGAUUGGGGACUUAUGGCUCAAGAAAAGAUAUUGCUAAAAUGCGUGAGGCGGUGUACUGGGCAAUCGAAGCUGGGUACAGACAUAUCGACACCGCUGCCCUAUACAACAAUGAACGAGAGAUCGGCCAGGGCAUAGCCGACGCGAUCAACAAAGGGCUUGUGAAGAGGGAAGAUCUCUUUAUUACUACUAAGUUAUGGAACGACAAACACGGUAAGGACCAAGUGGUGACAGCAGCGAAGGCUUCGUUGGAGAAGUUGGGUUUGGACUACGUCGAUUUGUACCUUAUUCAUUCCACUCAAGCGGAGAAAGACGAUGGAUCCCCUGCCGAUAUUGAUAUCACAGAGACCUGGCUUGCCAUGAUUGAAGUUAGGAAACAAGGAUUGGCAAGAUCCAUUGGAGUGUCUAAUUUCAAGACUGAGCAUUUGGAUAAAAUCAUUUCAAAUUCGUCCGUUUAUCCGGCGGUUAAUCAGGUUGAGAUCCAUCCUUGGCUGACCCAAGAGCAAUUGGUUGCCGAUUGCCAUGGACGCGGUAUUGCUGUCACAGCGUACAGCCCCUUCGGGUUUUUGGUAAAGAGAGGUGGAAGCAACAAGAAUGAAGAUUCCACUCUGGUAUCUAUUGCGGAAAAGUACGGCAAGUCUACUAAUCAAGUGGUGCUGCGGUAUUUGAUCGAUAGGCACCUAAUACCCAUACCAAAGUCUACGAACAAGCAGCGCAUUGCCGAAAACAUGGACGUUUUUGACUUCAGACUGACUGACGAGGACAUCUCCGCUAUCAACAAACUGAACAAGAAUAAGAGCAUAUUUGAUGAUUAGAAGCUGAAAUGGAGUAUUGAGGAGAACGGGGAAGAAUCGUUAAAAGUGCGUUAUUGUAGAAUAAUUUUAUUUUAUAAGAAAUAUACGAAUUAAAAUAUAA